AUACACACGCUUUAUGUUAUACUAUACAUAUACAUAUACGUAUAUGUAUGUAUAUAUACAGAGGGAAUUUAUUGAAGUGGAGUGAAGAAGAGAUUAGAGACGUGAAAGUGGAGACGAAGACGACCGUCACUUCACUGAAUUAUCAUCAUCGUCGUCGUCAUCAUCGCCAUCGCCAUUGCCAUUGCCAAUCGAAUAUCAAAAUUCUUCAACACAGUAGAAUCAGAACCACCACCACCAACACCAACACCGCCUCCACCGUCGGUUGGUUCUUGUUCUCCCAAUCAGACCCCACCAUCCACAUCCACAGUCUUCCCCACCAUCACUACCUUUCCAUAAAUAAUUGAAACGCCUAAAUCAACCAAAAGCUCACUCACUCUCCCUUGCAGAUUUCUCAGUCAGCCUUACAAUUACUUUGUUUAAUUUAUGCAGGAAGGAAGAGAAGAGAAGAGAAGAAAUUAAAGAAGCUUCGGUGGUGGUAUAUAUGGUCGCUGUAACGCCUUCAUUGUCGUCUUGAUAGCAGUCGCCAUUGUUGAUUCAGUUCUCGCUCAUUUUUAUCGUGUGCCCUGCGCUGUUCCUUUUUGUUGUCCCCACUCCACUUGUGGUUGUUUUUUUGUUUUUGGAUUUGUUCCUUCCAUGCCGACGGCGGUGAGCGCGGCGAGGCAAUGCCUGACGCAGGAGGCGGGAUGCGCGCUCGACGAUGCGGUGGCGGUGGCGCGGCGGCGAGGUCACGCGCAGACGACGUCGCUUCACAUGGUGUCGUCGCUCCUCUCGCUGCCGCGGUCUGCUCUGCGCGAGGCGUGCACGCGGACGAGGACGAUCAGUGCGUACUCCUCUCGAGUGCAGUUCAAGGCGCUCGAGCUGUCGCUGAGCGUCUCGCUCGAUCGGCUGCCGUCGUCGCAGCAGGGGGUUAAAAUUGAGGAGCCUCCGGUCUCCAACUCGCUGAUGGCGGCGAUCAAGAGAUCGCAGGCGAGUCAGAGAAGACAGCCGGAGAACUAUUCAUUCUACCAGCAGCAGCAGCAGCAAUACGCCUCCUGCUCUUCCGCCAUACCCGUGGUCAAGGUGGAGCUCCAGAAUUUAAUAAUCUCGAUCCUCGACGAUCCUCUGGUGAGUAGAGUCUUCGCGGAGGCAGGAUUCAGGAGCUCCGACAUAAAGCUAGCUACGCUCAGGCCGCCGGGGAACAGCACUUUUCACGCACACCACCUGUUCGGUUAUUGUUCCAGGUACAAACGGACAGUUCCGCCGCUGUUUCUCUGCAAUUUGACUGCUUCAGGGAAUGAGAGCAUCACUGAAGCUGCUAGAGGAGGAAGAGGCUUUAGCUUUCCAUUUAUGGGCUGCUUCUCUGCGGACGACGAGAACUCAAGGAGGAUAGGUGAGAUUAUGUCAAGGGACAAGAAAAGGUGCCCACUGCUUUUGGGUGUCUCUGCUGGGGAUGCCUUGACAAAUUUCUUGGAAACAGUGCAGAAAAGGAUCAAAGGAAUUCUGCCAGAGGAGCUGAAUGGUCUGAGGGUGGUCUGCAUAAAAGAUGAGAUUUCAAGGUAUUUGAAUGGGGACUCUGAUGAGGGCCCUCUGAAGUUGAGGUUUGGGGAGAUGGAAAGAUUGGUGAUGGAGGAGAGAGUUACAGGGGCUGGGGUGGUGGUGAAUUUAGGGUUCUUGAAUGCACUGGCUGGGGAUGCAGCCGCUCUUGAUAGAUUGAACUAUUUGGUGAGAAAAUUGGCUGACUUGCAGGAGGUUCACAGAGGGAGAUUCUGGCUGAUUGGAGCAGCAGCAACACAUGAAGUUCAUUCUAAGGUUUUGAGCAAGUUUCCCACCAUUGAUGAGGAUUGGGAUCUGGAAAUUCUGCCCAUGACUUCCCUUAAAUUUUCCAUGGGAGGAGGCACUUAUCCCAGAUCUAGCUUGAUGGGGUCUUUUGUUCCAUUGGGUGGAUUCUUCUCAAUGCCAUCCGAGACGCAAAGCUCGGUGAGCAAUAAUGCAUGGCAGUAUACGACGCGUUGUCAUCUCUGCAACGAGAAAUGCGAGCAAGAAAUAGCUGCAGUUUCGAAUGGAGGAAGUUGUGGAGAGCAGUGCAAGUCAAGCUUGCCUUCUUGGCUGCAGAACGCCGAGCUGAAUGCAUCCGUAAAGGGCAAAGACGAUACGGUGUUACUGAACGCAAAAAUUAUGUCGAUACGAAAGAAAUGGGACGGCGUCUGCCAGCAACAUCACUUAAAUCAAUCCUUCUCCAAAGGAUUGACUCAGCAAAUCGAAUACCGGCAACAUCCGUGUGUUCUCGGCUUCCAAGUUGUUGGCGACGACACGAGCUGUGUUCGUAGCAACCGCUCCAACGAAUCAUCAAAUGAAGCGGGAAACAAGAACGUGUCGUCGAGCUUAUCUACCGAUUUACAACAGGGUUCUUCACUGAAAGGUCUUAGCUCUUUGGAUGCGCUGUCGAUGGCCAACAAUCGAAGCAUUUCAUCCGAACUUCUAUCCGAUUCCAAAGCUUCGAAAUUCUACGUGAAGGAUCCGAAGACAAUCUAUGCAGCUCUUGCCAGAAGAGUUCAUCAGCAAGAAGAUGCUAUUAACGACAUUGUCGAAACAAUUACACAAUGUCGAACCAAACCCACCAGCCGUAAAAGCUUAUGGAUAAACUGCCGCGGACCCGAUCGUUUGGGCAAGAAGAAACUUGCUAUCGCGCUGGCUGAGUUACUAUACGGCAGCACAGAAAGUCUCGUCUAUAUCGACCUGAGUUUCCCCGACGAGAUAUCUCAGACGGACGCGGUGGUCAUUUCUCAGGUGACGAAUAAAUACGAGAUCACGAUGCGCGGAACCGUCGUCGAUUACUUAGUCGAGAAGCUGAGCAAGAAGCCGUCGAUUGUGUUCAUCGAAAACAUCGAUAACGCGGACAUGGUUGUUCAGAACAGCUUGUCUCAGGCCAUGAAGACCGACCGAUUUAUCGACGUGCGCGGCAGAGAAGCGAGCGUAAGCAACUGCAUAUUUUUUAUGACAACAAGCGUCGCAGCGGAUGGCAGCGAAAGAAGUUACGGCGAGGAAGAUAUAUUAAAGACGAAGGGCAGCGGUUCGAUUCAGGUAUCGAUCGGAUUCGAUCUCAACGAUGGUCCCGCGAGCUUGAUGAACAAACGGAAGCUGCUCCGACAGAGUCGAGCCGCGGACGAGCACGGGAGCGCGGAGUCGACGACGAAAAGACCGCACAAGUCGUCGUCGUCGUCAAACUCGUGCCCCGACUUGAACCUUCCGGCGGAAGAAAGCGAAGUCGCUGUCGCCGCGCUAUCGAACGCGUUCUCCGACUCUGGCUCCGAUGACUCGAUGGCGUCCUCGUGGCGGGACGACGUCAGCCGACAGGUCGAUCGGACUGUGGUUUUCAAGGCGUUUGAUUUCGACGGGGUGGCGGAGAAGCUGUUUGACGAGAUGGACAAGUGUUUGCGCGACGUCGCCGGAUCGGAGUGUUCGAUCGAGGUAGAGAAAAAGGUGAUGCGGCAGGUGGUGGCAGCGGCGUAUGCGUACGGCGGCGAGAGGGUGGAAGGUUGGAUCAGGGAGGUUCUGGGGAAGGGGGUGGCCGGAGCUGUGGAGAAGUUAGGGGUGAAGGGGUGGUCGGUGGUGAAAGUCGAUGCAUCGGAGGAUGUAGAUUCCGGCGAAGCUCUGCUUCCAUCUGUGGUUGUGGUCAAGUAGCAGAUUGAUCAUAUUCUUGUAAUUUAGAUAUAUGUAUAUUGGUGUUAGAGAUCAGCCUGGUACCCUGGAAUUCAUAGGGGUUUUUGCAGGUUGGAUUAUUAUUAUUACUAGUGUGUUUUUGGUUUGGUGGAGUAAGGUUUUGUGUAAUCGUAGGUUGUGCUUGUAUUGUAUUGUAUGUUAUGUGUGCGAUAUGGUAAUAAGAGGGUGAUAACUCUGUAUUAAUGUUCUCGCUUAGC